GACGAGCGGUCCUAUCAAAGCCUGACCCACUUAGAAAUUCAAGUCACAACUGUUUGACUGAAUGCAGUUGUGGUGGUGCCUGUAUGCCCUCCUGCCUGCAGCAAUGACCCCACAACAGGUAGAUGCCCCCAAUUGUCACCGGUAGCAGAUCGAGGAGGCAGAUGUGCAGGUGAAGUGACAGCAGAGUGCACCCUUUUCCCAAACCAGCCUCACUGGCUCGAGACUGUUGGCAGGCAGCACAUGAAUAAGCUAAAAAUGGCAGUGGAGGAGAGCCCACGUGCUAGUCGGUCCCGAAACAGAGAGUCCUGUGUGCCUGCUCUCCCACCACUCUCCAUCAAUACCAUGACACAGGGUCAGCUGCGAGAGUUUGUCCCUGCCCUGAUGAAGGUAGUCAGUGGGAGUGGAGAAUGUACCCGUGGACCAGGCCUCAUUCAGAGACCUCACUGGUGGCCACCAGAUGUACCCCUCUGGUCAAAUGCCACAGACAGAAACAAAGAGGCUGCCUUCACUGAAGCCAUGAAGAAGGUUGUGCGAAGCUGCUACCACCAUCUUGGUCAGGAAUCUCUGUUGUCUACUGGCAAACUUAAUGACUGGAAGACUGUCAUAGCACAUGGACAGUCUCGGAGACAGAAUUUCAAUGCCAACAACAGCUCGGAUCUCCUAUGUAGGACUCCUGACCUGAUGAAGAGUGGCAAGAAACCCUUUGUGGAAAUCUAUGUGUGUUUCUUCUGUAACAAGGAAUUUUCCAAUAAAGAGGAAAUGAGAAAACACCAACUGAACUGUACUGAGCGUCCACAGGAGUUACAAGCUCUCAACACCCCGCCUCCUGCCACAAAACGUAACAAGUCUAAAGGGAAGUCUCCCACGUCCAGCCCAACUACGGUCACUCCACCAAGAAGCCCCACCCUAGAGAACUAUCUACAGAAGCUUCAUCUCAUUCCUGUUUCCAAAGCUAAGAAGUUGAGAGCUUCAACCAGAAAAAGUACGGACCUCGACUGUGCCAAGAUUGAUUUCAGUGAGCCAGAGACACCUGUCUCCCCUACAACUCCCAAGACACCAAAACUGUUAAUAUCUCAGUUGAGUCGUGAUGACUCAGGUCAGUGUAAGCGACGCCUGUCAUAUCGGAUUCAGGAAGAGCACAGUGAUUCUGAGAGUGUGGUCAGCGGUAGUAGUGAGGAUACAGAGGAGAAGCAAGCUCCUGUCAGGACAAAAUCACUCCUCAACAUUGAGCUGUCCUCACUCCUAGGACAAAGGAUUCAGAAACAUCUCAAAUCAGAAUCUAACAUUUGUGUUGUGGCUAAUGCAGAGGCUUUCUGUAAGACUCCUGUAAAGAAUCAUUUCCUAGAGAAAUUGAGAAAGAAGGAAAAUGUUUACCCUGUCACAUACAAACCAAGGAAAAAAUUCAAGAAACGACCUCACGUACACAUGUACUGCUUUACAAAACGUCAGAGGCAACUGCAGUUUAAAAAGCUUGAGACAGGCUUAGAUAGGAAAAGUCGAUUGCUAGCCAGAUCUUUACCCAAAUGCAAAGUUGUUAUAGGAAGGUUGUCAAAGCAAGGUUUAAAAUAUUGGCUUGGUCGUAAAGAGACUCAACAAAAGAAAACUCAAUGCAUAUUCCCUGAAGGACCAACAUUCCUCUCUGAAGACAUUGACAAAAUGCUUGGUUUGAGGAAGAAGAACAAGCCACCCAAGCCAGAAAGGAGCCUGUCCCUUGCCAAUGUUGUAUCUGAGGACACUAAUGCUGAAGUGUUGCAGCAAAAGGUAGCUGUGUACAGAAGUCUGUUGUCAGAUCUUUCUUCCAGCAAGGAGCAGACACUUAUCAGCAUGUCACCCAGUAAACAGUCAUCACAAAAAAACCUGAAGGGUAGCAAUUUGCAGGCAGCCGAGAAGAAGUACAACAAACUAUCUGCUUCUUUGUUUACAGAUGGCUUCAUGGAAAACCCAAAACUGAAAGAAAGAUUCCCACAACUGAAUUCUCUACUUGCAGCGCCUUCUCUACCUGGUGAACCUCUAACACCCUCCUCUUCAACCUCAUCUAGUCCAGUCUCCUCUCGUCAACUCUUUAAAAAGACUUUCAGUCAGCCUCUCAAAAUUGACAUACCUUCUCAGGGCUCACUUGGCAAACAAAGGAUGAUAAGCCCAUUCUUUCCGAACUCUAGUCAUGGGGAUGGUUUAAGGGAACACAUUUCUCCAGAUGAUUCGGUGUCUAUCAUCACUGUAUCAUCGGAUGAAGAUUCGUUCACAAAUUCUCUAUGUUGCACAGGCUGUAGACAAAGGCAGAAGUGUAAGUGCACACCAGUGAAAAUUGAUCUCAGUAAGGGUGUAAAACCACCACACAAUGUAGAAGUUUCGCCCAUUAGAAAUUAUCUUGGUCAGUUUUUGAAAAAGGAUGUGAAGCCUAAAGCAGCACAUCUUCCAGGUGCACUCAAGAAGACUAAGGAUAGAAAGGCAUGCAAUGUUUCUCUAGAGGAAAAGAAAGUUAAAGAGACCUCAACAGAACAUAAAAACAAACAGAAAACUUCUGUUGGAGGGAAACUGAAAAAUAAGAAAACAGAUGAAAUGAGAUCAAAAGAGCCUUCAUUACUUGCUGAUGUCAAGGAGAGUAGAAAACGUGUAAUGGUUUCAGAAAGCAAGAAAAGAACUGAUGCUAGUGUGACUAUUGGAGGCCAAUAUGGUCUGCGCAAACAGGCAAGUUCGACUGAAGGGAUCAUAAAAUUUUCUCUCAGAUCCAGUCCUGUCAAUAAGAUAAAUCUUAUAAAGAAACCUACCAAACUUGGGUUACGAAGUCAUAACUCGGCUCCUGCAAACUAUGCAGGGAAAGGCCUCAAGAGACAUGCAUCAGAUGCCCCAACGAAAAGUGCUAAUAUAUCAAGUCCUAAGAAAUCCAAAUUGGAUGUGUUGCCACGAACAAGAAGGAACUCUGUUCUUGUCUGACUUCAGUCAAGCAGGAACUGGUGGUUGCUAGAAAGUUGUCAGGAACUACUGCAAACUAGAUAUUGGCAAAACACAAUUCACAUGGUUUACCCUAUUGAUAUGCUUAUCUUUUAACAUGAAUAUUAACAAUGUGAAAACAGUCUUUUAAAAAGAAAUCCUCAUCACUUUGAGUUUUAUGUUGUUUUCCCAAAUCAGAGCCCUUUUAGUAUUUUCAAGUUACAUGUUUUAGAAUGACAGUUUUAUAAACAAAAUGUUCUAAAAACAGUUUUCAACAGAUUAUUUCUUUUAAUAUUGGAACAAGAAGAAUAGCUAGGGCACUUGAAAUCUACUUUAAGUAGGGUAUCCUGCAGCCUUCACUUGUAUUCAGCUUGAUGGUGUCUUGGCAGGCCAUCAUAUCACCACCAUGAUGUCAGAUUAGUGUACAGAUGUUUACUUCCCUCACACACACCAUAUAUGUAACACAACUCAAAGGUGCUGUACAGGAUUGCCUUGUGGCAUUUCACAUUACAUUUGGUAUUAAUGUAUGUAUAGUUACAGAAUCUCAUCCUGGAAACUUGUGAUUGUUUCAAGUAUUUCUAGUUACAUCUUUAUAUUGCCAGUCAUUGUGAGUUAUCUGUUAUAAGUUAUAUCUGGAGUUCCAACAUUCAUUGUUUCAUUUCAAGUUUCAUUGUAAGAUCUGUUCCUGUUUGUAAUCCCAGUCUUAACAAAAUGGAAAAAUUAACACAUGAACACACAUUUGAUAUAAAUGGGAGAGGCUGCAGAGCUGAAUGGUUAAUCAUGAUUGUGCCAGAAUUAGUCAUAUUCAGUUAUUUCACCUUCUGAAAACUAACAUAUAAAAUCCUUAGACAUCCAGUCUGUUGAGGUAAAUAACAGGCCUGAAGCCCACCGUCACUGGAGGAGAAUAUCACACAACUGCAUCUAAAACGAUAAUUGACAGCACAUCCUGUUCCAACAGCUCUCUAAAUGAACUCGAAAUUCAUUGCACAAAUUGUUCACGUAAUGAAGGCAGCUAUCAUUUCCAUGGAGAAGUGUCCCAUUUACUCCCAUUGAGCAUGGCUGCUGCAACGGUAAUCGGAGAUGAUCCUGUUAGUAGUUUAGUUUUCUAUAGAAAUAGUACUUCUAAGUAGAGAAUUCAAAAUGAUCUACAAUGCCACAUAUUUAAAACAAAUUGCCUUUAUUACUUUAAAACAAAAUAUCAAGGACACUUUUGGUGUAUAAUGUUUUCAGGAUAGACCCCAUUGUCACAAAUGCAGUUGUAUCUAAUGGAAAGAAGCAGUUUUCUUGUUAAUGUCAUGCAGCAUUCUUCUUUAAUAAUCUCAUCACCAAGCCAAACUUAUGCAGUUAAAGUUAGGUUAAAUAUAUUAAGCAAGGAAAGAUUUCCAUGUAGCUUAUAGAAAUGAAAGAUGCAUGUCGUCUAGUGAAAAUGUAGAAAUAGGUGGUCCAGCAGAGAUGUUAUUUAGCACAUGUAAUUCAGAAAGCAGAUGGUACCCUCAGGCAGUGGGCAUACUUGUUUUAUACCUUCAGUGGUAACCUUAAUUGUAUUGUAGUCCUCAUUUGUUUUUAUUUGACUUCCCGAACUGGAAGGAUGUUUAUUGUUUAUUUUAUUUUAAACCAGUUCAAAUAUAGAAAUAUUUCUGAUGGUGGUUGUCUCAAAUGAGCUUUGGUUCUUCAUUGUUGUCAGGUCGAAUUUGCAGGCCAUUAUGAUUUUAUCAGAGUUGUAUAUCUAACUGCCUCACUUCAUGCCGUUUCUCCCUGUAGAGGCACUGGCAUACCAUACAUGAUUUAUGUCUUCAUUUAUGGAAUCUUAUAGUUUGCUAUGUCAACUAAGCUUAUGUAUGAUUUGGUGGCAAAUGUUACUAAAUCCUUCAGUUUCUGUUAGUUUGAUAAAGUGAUACCUGACUGAGCAUUUUGCCAAGGGCUCAAAUAGUAAAUCUAUUAAACUCUAUUGACAAUUACCCAAGUACUUAUUUUAGGUCUUAUUUGUAUCUCAGAAACAUGUUUAACUAUGUGAACAUAUGGAUGAUUGUGUCAUCACAUGCAGGUAGACUUAUGUAGUCUGGAAGAAGUCUAGAUACAUUUCAUUUUGUGAGUCCAGUCACAUGAUUCAAGGUUAAGAUAUAAAUGUCCUGAUUUGUUUACUCUGUUCUGUUUUGGGACAUAUGUGAACCUGUCCAAUCUGCAGACAAGAUUUAAAGGGAAAUAGUGUACUGUGAUGGGGUUGUUAACCUUUUAAUUGUACUGCUUCCAAGUUUUUAUUUUAGAAGGGACACAAUGUUCAUUGAUUCCCAGGUGAAGUACAUACAUUUUGGGAGUUUGUCCUUUUAUCUUUUGAGAACAUCAGUUAUGAAGUGUUUAAAGUAUUAUUGUUGACAUUUUAUUGAGAUAGGGAUGAAAUACAGCUUAAGCUAGGAAGUUCAGUGCUUGUAUUGUCAAUCCCAACACACAAUUGGCUGUAGAGGCCACAUUUACCCUGGUCACCAAUGUUUACUGGAUGAAAUGGCACAGUUGCAAAUUUUCUAAAAUAGUUCAUAGGAAUAAGGUAAUAUUGUUACAUUGAUGUGUUGAUGGUUAAAAAGCAUGGUCAUCUCGAUACAAGAAUUCCUGGGUAGUUCAGCUACUGAGUACAGCAUACUUCUAUAGUUCAAGACAUCGCUGUCAUAAUCAGAUUUAUUAAGUACCAUAAUGCUAUGGAGGUUUUGUAGGCAUUAUGGAAAUCUGGACCACCAAUUGAACUUGAAGAUAUAAGCUUGGAAGAAAUAUUAUUCUACAUGAAGUCAGGAUCAUUUCAAUUUUGGGAGCAUGGUCAACAAGCACUGAAGUUCUCAUGGGAUAGUGUAACUCUUUAAUGGAGAAGUGAUUCAGUUCUAUAAACAAUGAGUCUUUUGUCCUCCGUGUAUGUGUAACUGUGAUAAGAUGGAAAGUACCUACUUACUUUAUUAUAUUCAUGUUUUAUCAUGAACAAGUUUGCCCAUUAUGGGGCAGUUUUAGUUGUUACUCCUGUGUUUUACCGAUAGUCAGAAACAGUUGUGAUAAUACUUCUCCAUCUUACCAUAGUGCAACUAUGCUAAUACUGAAGAAAUUUGAUUUCAAAUGUCACUGAAUUGUCAAAAAAUAAUUUAUGCCAAAGAAUUGUAUUUUCUUAUUUCUUUACUUCUAAGGUGUUGAAUGAGUUCUGGACAGUGUUGUUAAUGUUUGAUGUUUGUCUUUGACAUUGUUAGUUUAUUGUGUUAAUGAUGGUUCUAAAAAAACUUAUUCAAAGCAUUAUUUGAUUUAAGAAUUUGAUAAAUAGCACAGUGUGACAAAGGCCAGCCUUAGUGGUGGCCUGGGUGUUGUACACCAUUAACAUCUUUACUUUAGAAGUGGAGCAUAUAAACAAAUGUAAGUUUCCUUAUGGAAUGCUACCUAUACUAAGCUAUGUACUCGCGUACACAGCAGCAAAAUAAUUUUCUUUUAAAUGUUUUGCUGAAAGUAUCUACAUAGUAAGUUAGUAUGGUGUAUGACUAUCGUACAAACAACAAAUGAUCUGGCGUAGUCCUGUUCACAUAUGUAUCUCUCCCUCCACCAGUGGCUCUCAUUACUUCAUACAGCACCUGAUGAACAUAUUUCUGGAUUAUCCCACCUGAUGUUAAUCUUCAUAACAUUGCUUUAAUCCUCAUUUCAUCUUGUCAUAAAUCUUAUCGCCAGACAUAUUUUGUUUGUGCAUUCUAGAGAACUUAUUGUAUGUUUGCUUAUUUUGUAUGUUGUAUGAUAUAGUCACAUAUCACAAAGACACCUGUAUUUUUUGUUCAGCAAAGGUAAAGUUAAGUCAAUGCAAAAAUACAAGGGUUCUCUGGAGAUUGAAUAUUGCAUAUGUAUGAAGUUAUAAAAUACAUAGCAAAGCAUUAAUCAAAAUAUUGUUCAGUUAUAAUUAAAUUGAUUUUUUUUAAGUAGAUGUUUUGGAUCCUCUUCCCUGCCACCCCCUAUUCACUGCAAUUACAGCUGUCAGGUGAAAUGACACCGCCAUGACAUUUUUUUUUAAAAGCAUGAAAAAUAGAAUCGGUAGUAGAGAUUCUGUAUGCAUGAUGCUUACACUUAUCCUACUCAUUGGUUUUUAUCCUUCUGUUUCAAAAAGGGGGACAUGGGUCAUCUAAGGCGCUGCAAUUUUCUGUGCAGAGUUGCGUUCUUUGGGCACGCCUUAAACCUAUGAUCGUGGGUUCGAAUCCUGGUUUCAACCCGAUCAUAUUUCUAGGUUUGUCAGCACCAUACCCGUGGGUUUCACCACAGUGGUAAACAUUUGAGACCUUCAUCACUUCGGGCUUUCCUCACAUCUAGCUGACAUGCCGUGAUAUAACUAGAAUACUGUUCAAAGCAGUGUUUAACCUAUCUCGCUCACUCACUGUUUCAAAAGGCAACACAUUACUUUUAUUCUGGUACUCAGGUUCAAAAUUAGAUGUUUGUUUUGUGUAGUUUAGUAUAACCUCAAAGAGGGUUACGUUGACAAUAGUUAGACCUUUUAUUUCAGAAUUGUGGCCUCUUGUGAUGCUACAUUGCUCUUUGGAACAAAAUGAGACGAUCUGCAUCUAUCACAGACCUUUUCCAUGUGUAAAAGGACAUGCAUUGAUAUUUUACCAUAUUCUGUGAUCACAUUUUACCCUGCCGAAAACAAUUUUUAUCUUCCAUACUUGACAAAGAGAACAACCAUGUACAUUGACCAAUUGUUAUUGAAGCACUUGUAUGUUUUGUAUGCAAAUAUCAGUAUUCCAUAUUGAUGCCAAAUAUAUUUGCACUAUGUGCAAACAAGAUGGUAGUGUUUGUAUGUGACUGUAGGAAGGUGGAAAGGCAUUGUUUAUUUUCUGGGUGGAGGAAAGUGCAUAAGCAUUUUCAUUCAAAAGUUCUAUCUUUGAUAAGAAGUCAUGAUGGAACUAUUCUUCCUUAAUGAAAAUAAUAAAAUAAUAAUUUUUGAUGUCAUUCUAGUUAUGAUGUGAAAUAGUUUGACUUGAAAUCCAUGUGAGAUUUUCAAAAAUGGCUGCCAAAAGAGCCACAGUAGAAAUCUUUUACUGGAAGAGAUACUUGAGAUAAGUAAAUGAACUACAGUCUCAUACAGCUCCAAAUCAUGUUGAUUUGAAGGUAUUGUGUGCACUAGAAGGGUCUUUUUGACCACUGUAUGUCGUUGUUUGAAUGCAUGACUUGUAGACUAUAGAAACAGGGUGAUCAGGAACAAUAUGGCUGUUUAGCGUGACACUGUACCUUUAAAUGUGUUAAUUUGGCAAGUGUUGUACAUAAUAUACAUAUAUUACUGUUAAUUUGAUGCAAUAAUGUUUUUGUUGAGAUCAUCCACAUGCCUUUCUUUUAUCAUGAGCUAUUAUCAUCUAUUCCUGUAUUUUCAUACCCAUUGCAGUUGCUAACAUGCAGCACUGAAUAAAGUGUAAAUAAUU